AUGCCUUCUCCCCGCCGGACGGAUGCUGGUCUGCACCGCACAAAGAAGAGCAGAUGGCUUUCGACGGAGAACGACGAGGGGAGCGCCUUCCCAACCGCUGCCCGCAGGGAAAAUAGCAUGCUCGCCGCCCGUGGGGGAAACCGCAUGCCCGAGAUCCCCGACGCAGCGGACGAGAUCGAGGUCCUCCGCGCAGCUAAGCCCAACUGGCGGCGGGUCCUGUGCGGAGGCCGAGGGCGCCGCGCCCGUCUUUGUCAGCCGAGGGGCGACGCUGGCGGAGAGCAUCGCAUCAGCCGCCGCCGCGUGGAACGGGGCCGUCCACCCCGCCAGAGGACGCCGGAGCCGGGCGCCGCCAUGCGCCAUGACAGCCCGGUGGUCGGGAGCGGCGGUUGGGGUGUUUGUAUUAGCGACAUGAUCCCAUUCUAUCUAGGGAAACUCUUCAGGCAAACUAGAGCAUCAGAAGACAUAAGCAGCAAGAUUGGAAUUGGUAAGGAGAAAGCACAAAGCAUAUCACGAACAGUUCAGAAGUAUGGGAACCUAAUUGGCUUUGUUGAACGAUUUUCAAUUGGUGUCCGGAAUCCUACAGCAUUUCUUGCUGGUGCAUUGGGUAUAUCAGCAGACUUUUUCUUCGCAGGAGUUUGUUUCGGUUGUCUAUUUACUCUCCCUAUUCAGUUAGCAGUUGGGUUUGUCCUCCGAGAGCGGCCUGUGGUCGCCCUCGCCAGUGUUGCAGCUGCUGUGGGUAUCUGGACCAUGUUCCCGUAUGCAGCCACGGCAUGCACGGCGUUGUUCUUCUACUUCCGCCAACGUGAAUCCAACAACUGA